AUGACAGAAGCUAUAAAUAUGUCUGACAAUCGUAAAAAGUCGAAACGUCGAAAAUCGGAAGAUGAUCAAUUAACAAAAAUCGAAAAAGCUAUUGCAAAACAUUUACGUUUUAAAUGUCAGACGAAAAAAGGCAUGUUAAUGGGGAUGCAAGUGACAUAUUUUACUGGUAAUAAAGCUGUCGAAUGUUUAACUGAAUCAAAAUGGUCAUCAAUGUCUACAAAAGCAUUAAAUUCGAGUGGUGAUAACAAUAAUACAAUAUGUUUUACAUCGAAACACGAUUGUGUACUAAUGUUACGAAAAUUUUUAGAUAAUGAUAUGUUUCGCCGGGCUGUUAAAAUUUAUAAAGAACCACCUGUACAAAAGAAUAAUAAAGGCGAGUCGCAGCAACAGGAAGAAGGUGGUGAUGGUUCUGUAUCUAAUACACCAACGACUACACGUCAACGUAAAAAUAAAAAAGAUACACAAAAAUCAGUGGCUGAACCUACGACAACUGUAACAUCAUCGACGACAAAAGAAAAAGAUGAUAAAGAUAAAGAUUCAAAAAAUAAAAAUAAGAAGAAAUUUAAAUUUGAACUACAUGAUGAUCAAGUUUUUGUUGAUUCACCGAAUGAGUGUUAUGUAUGGAUUUAUGAUCCAACAACAAUAAAACAAUAUAUAAUGGGUUUUUUGCUUGUGGUGGGAUGUAUUGGUGUGUGCUUAUUUCCACUAUGGCCAACAGAAGUUCGUACUGGUGUGUAUUAUUUAUCAAUGGUAUUAGCAGGUCUUCUAGGUUUUCUAUUAUCAUUGGCUGUUAUUAAGUACAUAAUAUUUGCAAUUGUUUGGGUUUGUACGUUUGGUAAAAUUAAAUUUUGGUUACUACCAAAUUUAACAGAGGAUGUUGGCGUACUGGAAUCAUUUGUACCGUUGUAUAAUUUGGAAGUUGGCUCAACAAUAAAAAAAACAAAAGAUGAUAAAAAGAAAAAAGAGAGUGAAAAUGAUGAUAAGCAACAACAAGAACAAACGGCAAGUCAAGAAGAAAUAGUACCAUCACUAACAACAACAAAUCCUGAUGAAAAGGAAACCAGUGCAGACGAAGAUGAACAAGAUGAGAAUGAUAUGGAAAAGAAUCGAAAGUCAAGUCUCGAAGAUGAAAAUAAGGAAAAUACAAGUCGUUCAUCGUCAUUGACAUCUGAAGAUGAAAAAUCUCAAAAUAAAUUGAUAACACCACAUCAACAACAAAAAUCAUCUGAUGAAGACUUCGAAGUUUUAUCGAGAGAUGAUAUAAUUAAUGAAACGAAAUAA